UCGGAGCAGAGGAGAAAAGAGACACGUAGGACGGUCGUCUGGUUGAAAACUUUUACUCUUCACUGAUUUCUCUUCUAACAACAUUACAAUGUCAAACGAAAGGAGAAUUGUCAUCCUGGGAAAAACUGGAAGUGGGAAAAGCAGCCUGGUUAACACCAUAUUUGGAGAUGAACUGUUCAAGACCGGCAGCACUGCCAACUCUGAAACUAGUAAAUGUGGAGCCAUAACAAAAUCUGUCAAUGGAAGAAACAUCACUUUGAUCGACACUCCUGGUUUCUUCGACACAGAUCGAUCUGAGGAGGAGCUGAAGUCUGAAAUAGUGAGGUGUAUCACAGAGUGCGCUCCUGGGCCUCAUGCUUUUCUCAUUGUGCUUAAAGUGGAGAGAUUCACAGAGCAUGAGCAGGCUGUCAUCACUAAAAUAAACCAAUACUUUCCUGAAGAAGUUCUCAAGUUUGCGACAGUUCUCUUUACUCAUGGUGACCUGCUCCCUGAAGGACGGACCAUUGAGGACUUUGUCCGUGGUAAUGAACUCCUGAGUGAUCUGGUGAAGAAGUGCGGAGGCCGCUGCCAUGUCGUUGAUAAUAAAUACUGGAAGAACAACCAGCAGGAUGAAUACAGGAACAACCAGUUCCAAGUGAAGGAGCUACUCAAAACAAUAGAUAAAAUGAUUGAGGCAAACAAAGGAAGCCGGUACACCCGUGAGAAACAACAACCUCAUGGGGGUUUGCUCAUAGCAAUGGCAGCGUUCAGCCGGAGGGAGUCAGUGAUGUACUCACAGAAUAACAACAGCACACGGAGCAAAGUGUGUCCCAUCGUCACAUCCAACGCUGACGCUCUGCCUCUGACAAACACUGAAAUAUAUUUCAAAAGCUUGAAAGCACAUGAGUAA